GUGACGUCUUCGAACCAAUCUUCGAGAAAAGACCGAGAGAGAGAGAUAUAGAGGGGUUUUGGGUCACUGGUUAUUACUGGAGCUCCGAGUUGAACAGAAAUCACGGCCAGUACAAUGGCCGAGGAAAAUAUCUUUUUGUUUGUCCCGAAUUUAAUCGGUUAUGCCCGAAUCAUCCUGGGUUUGUUAUCAUUCUGCUUGAUGCAGUGCUGUCCUGCUCCUGCUGUAUUUUGUUAUCUCCUAAGUGCACUGUUAGAUGCCUUUGAUGGACACGCAGCUCGAGCCCUUAAUCAAGGCACUAAGUUUGGUGCCAUGCUGGACAUGUUAACAGACCGCUGUGCCACUAUGUGCUUGUUAGUAAACCUGUCGCUUCUGUACCCAUCCUACACCUUCCUCUUCCAGUUAAGCAUGUGCUUGGAUAUUUCCAGCCACUGGCUGCACCUGCACAGUUCUGUGAUAAAGGGAGCCACCAGUCACAAGACCAUUGACCUGUCUGGCAACCCCAUUCUCAGGAUCUAUUAUACAUCCAGGCCAGUGCUGUUUUUCAUGUGCAUGGGGAAUGAACUGUUUUACUGUCUGCUUUACGUGAUCUACCACAUCGAAGAGCCACAGGUGUGGCUGCAGUGGCUGCUGGGAUUGUGUGCUGUUGUUUCCCUGUUGAAGUCCGGCAUAAGCGUCCUCCACCUCAUCACCGCCUCCCGUAACAUGGCUGCCAUCGACCUGGCCGACCGUGAAAGUGAGAGGAAUAAGAGCAAAUGAGGGAGAGAAAGGAGGGGGAACAAAUCUAGUGAUGUGGCUUUAUAUGGGAGAGGGAAACGGGUAAAUAUAACGAGGGAAGACGUGGAGCUGGAAAUGUAAAAGUGGUCAAGGGCCAGUGUUCAUAGAAAUAAAUUGUGGGACCAUUUGGACACUGAUGAUUUAUUUAUUUAUUCAUAGACUACUAGGAAUAAUGUUAUUAUUGUAGCAGAAUGCUGCUGUUUUCAUCUGAAUAUUACAUAUUAAAUAUUGUUUGCAUUUUCCCUUACCUCAUACACAUAGUUAAGGUGUUUGUAUGUGUGUGUGUGUGUGUGUGUGUGUCUGUGUGUGUGUGUGUGUUUUGUGUGUGUGUCAUAUAUCACAUAUUUAAAUUGUGGGAAAGUAGAACACCUUACUACCACUUCUCCUAUUACCGUACCCCCCUUUUCCCAUACACAGCCAUAUUCUCCUGAUCACUCAGACAUGUGCAUGUACACUGCAGUCAAACUGAAAGUGCUUUAGGUUUUGUUUAUUUGUUUAUUUGAUUAAAUGUUAUUAUUAUUAUUAUUAUUAUUAUUGCUGUUUUUAUAUUUGAACCUUUCAUUAUAUAUCCUAGUGUGAAUCGCUGAUGUGUUAGUACCAUAUUACACAAAUUUGUGUAUUCAUGACCAAUUAUCCCAAAUGAGCAAUAUUCCUCUUUCAUCUAUAUCCUAAUGCUUGUAUUAUUGGAUCAUGCUUAGAGUAUUCUUGAAUAUGAAUGUACUCUUUCUAUUGUAUUAGGUUGUAUGGCGAUAAUUAUCUUUUCACGGUUGGACUCAGUGGCUGUCUACUACUAUUAGUUCUCUGUUUGUUUUAGACUAAAUGAAAGUACUUUCAUUAUUAUUACAUGGUUAUUGCUUACAAGGUCAACAAGGACCUAAAGAAGAUCAACCACAGAAGAACAGAGCACCUACUUGCCUGUAGAUGUACUUGUUUGCAAAGUAAACGUUAUAUCUUCGUU